AUGAGUGAUAAGGAAGCUAAGAAAGAAGCUAUUGAAAUUAUUUAUGAAAUUUCAAAUAUUCUAAAUGUAAACCUAGAUAAAGAAACCAUUGUUAUAUUAAUACAAUUAUGUGAAUAUGGAGUUAGUCCCAAGAUCCUUUCACAUAUUAUUAUUCAGUUAAAAAAGGAACGGGAGAAAUUUUUGCAAAACUUAGAUGGCAAUAUAAAUAAUUUCAAGCAAGGAAACGCUUAG